AUGGCUCCUCCACUGAACACACCAGCGAACAAACCAUCUGCUAUUAGCGCCGUCUACCGGGCUCCUGCAUCGCUAUCCCACCCCGAAACCCCACUCCAACAUACCACCCAACACAGACUUACAACAUCACUCUCCUCACACACCGCAGACAAUACUACCAAUAAGACCACAUAUCUAUCCGAGCUUAGGAAUUCCGUCGUCUCUAUACAGGCCGAAAUAAACUUGUACCUUACGGCGCGAAUGGAGGAGGAUAAAGCCCAGCAGCUGAAGGUGGGGGGAAAAGACGAAAGCAAAGACGAAGAAAAUUAUGGGGAAGAGGUGGUUGAUGAUGAAGAUGAGGAAGAUUGA